AUGGAGCCUGCUCAAAUCGAUUGGAAACGAAUCGAUUCUCGUUUUGUUGAAGACGUCUUUUACGAACACAUUAGAGCUCCCAAAUGGUUCGAUUUCUCGGACCCAAAUCAUCUAGACUCCAUUGACGAUGAUGCUUGGUUCUGCAAACCUGAAUGUAAUCAUCCAAAGAGACCUGAAGAUUUCUUCUCAACGCCUACUUCUUCCAAGCAUCCAAGUCUCAAGGAUACGAAUGAGACUCCAGGAGGAUCUAAAGAACGGAAUCAGUGGAGGGGACAUUCAUUAUCACCUUGUGAAAAUCAGAAUCCAAACUUCGCCACACGUCCAAGCAACCAAGCAAAAUCAUGGCGAGCAGCAGUUAAAUCAAGUUCUGUCAAGAGGAUGAACAAAGAAAUACCGAAGCUAAAGAGUACACAAUCAGCUAGGAAUCUGUUUUCAGGGAGAGAUAUAUUAGGACAUAUCUCAGAGUUUUGCUAUGAGUUGAAGAGAUUAGCCACAAGGGUUACUGAGAGAGAAGAUACUGGGAAAUCCGAAGUGAAGGAGAGUUAUCAAGUGGGUGUAAUAAACGAGCCUUACUCUGCUCAUGACUUGGAAAUGAAAAAAGAAAGAAAACCAUUGCUUGAAGUAAGCAAAGAUAAGCUACACGAGUCCACAGAUGCUAAAGGAAGCACCUUUAAAGAGAAUCGUAGAAGAAAGAAGAGAGUGGAUGACGCAGAGAACAUUCCUGUACCUACAAAUGCAGAGACUCUGAAGAACAGAGGAGAGGAGCGUAGAAGAAAGAAGAGACUAGAUGAUGAAGAGAACAUUCCAAUCCCAAUCCCUCUAAAACUGGAGAAUGUAAAGAACAAAGGACACGAACGGUUGCUGCAAAUCAGAACAAACCCACCAUCUCCUCAAUGCUUCUCAGAUAAUCGGACAGCUUCUUUGAAAGCCUUGAGGUCCACAACUACGGUACGUAAUCAAUCCUUAAAGUCUGAAGUCCAAAGACUUAAAGAGACCCUUUUAGUCAAAUCACUAUAG